ACAUCGGGGAGCGGGACACGGGAGGGGGCGGUGACAGCGGAGAAGGGACGGUGACAUGAAGGAAAGGGACAGCGGGGAGGCGACAUCGGAGAAAGGACUGGGGACAUCGGGGAGGGGACACGCUCCUGCCAUGGAUUUGGUGACCGUCCUGGUGGCCUUGGUGGCCUUGGUGGCCGUGGUCGUGCUGGUGGUGGCCCAGCGCCUCGGGCUGCUCUACCGCCUGCGCCACAAGGUGGACACGGCCAGUCCCCGGCACGGCGGUGAGCUGGUGGCCGCGGUGCUGCGGGCGCACGGCGUGCGGUUCCUGUUCACGCUGCCCGGGGGCCACAUCUCGCCCGUGCUGGUGGCCUGCGAGAAGAUCGGCAUCCGCGUGGUGGACACGCGCCACGAGGCCACCGCCGUCUUCGCCGCCGACGCCGUCUCGCGCAUCUCGGGGCGCAUCGGGGUGGCGGCGGUGACGGCGGGGCCCGGGGUCACCAACGCGCUCACGGCCGUCAAGAACGCGCAGCUGGCGGAGUCCCCGCUGCUGCUGCUGGGGGGCGCCGCUGCCAGCCUGCAGAAGGGCCGGGGUGCUCUGCAGGACAUCCCUCAGCUCCCGCUGUUCCGCACCGUGUGCAAGCUGUCGCUCUCGGUGCGCGCCGUGCGCGACAUCGUCCCCGCGCUGCGCCGCGCCAUCGCCACCGCCAUGGCCGGCACGCCCGGCCCCGUGUUCGUGGAGCUGCCCAUCGAUGUCCUGUACCCCUUCCAUGUGGUGCAGAAGGAGCUCGGGGGCUCCAGAGCCCCCCGGGGGCUGCGCGGGAAACUCGUCCAGUGGUACCUGUGGAAUUACCUGUGCGAUCUCUUUGCGGGGGCCUGGGAGCCGCGGGAGCUGAACCCGCUGGGGCUGAGCAUCCCCAGGGCGAGCGCGCAGCAGGUCCAGGCAGUCGCAGAGCUCCUGAGCCGGGCCCAGCGGCCGCUGCUGCUCGUGGGCAGCCAGGCCCUGCUGCCCCCAACGCCCGCCGAGGAGCUGAGCGCGGCGCUGCAGGCCCUGGGCCUCCCCUGCUACCUGGGCGGGGCCGCGCGGGGGCUGCUGCCCCCCCAGUGCCCCCUCCUGCUGCGGCAGAACCGCAGGGACGCCCUGAGGGACGCGGACCUGGUGCUGCUGGCAGGCACCGUGUGCGAUUUCCGCCUCUCCUACGGGCGCCUCUUCGGCCGCGGCACCGCCGUGGUGGCCGUGAACCGGAACCGGGAGCAGCUGCUCAGGAACUCGGACGUGUUCUGGAAACCGCGGCUGGCCGUGCUGGGUGACCCCGCGUCCCUGCUGGUGGCGCUGUCGCGGAGCCUGCCCGGGUUCAGCUGCCCCCGGCCGUGGCUGCAGCGGCUGCGGGAGGCGGAGGAGGAGAAGGAGCGGCAGAACCGUGCCAAGGCCGCGGUGCCCCCCCCGUGCCACCUGAACCCGCUGGCGCUGCUGCGGGCGCUGGACCGGCUGCUGCCCCCCCACUGCCUGCUGGUGGCCGACGGCGGCGACUUCGUGGGGACGGCGGCGUACACGGUGUGGCCACGGCAGCCCAGAGGGUGGAUGGACCCUGGUCCCUUUGGCACGCUGGGCGUGGGCGGAGGAUUCGCGCUCGGGGCCAAACUCUGCCGGCCCGAGGCUGAGGUGUGGGUCCUGUUC